AUGAUACUAGUUUGUAAAAAAUAUCUAAGAUUUUUAGAUACAUGUAAAACAUUGAGUCAUCUAUUUACUGAUUUCGAUGUUUCCUUACUUUUAAAUUAUUGGAUAUAUGAUAAAUUAAAACAAAUUUAUGGUGAUGAAAGUACUAAUGAAAUUGAUAUUGCUUUUGCUUAUCUCCAGUGGAAAUGGGGUUAUUAUGAUUAUAAACAACAAAAUAACCCAUACUAUAUAAAAUGUAAGCCUGAUCCCAGUAAAAUAAAUCACGAGGAUUGGAAAAAUAGAAAGAAAUUGUACGAUUAUUAUGUUGAUUAUGAUUAUCUUUUGAGUAUGGCUAAAAUCAAAAAUAAAAUAGAAUGCACAUAUUAUAAUAAACUUAAAGAUAUGAUUUCAUUAUAUGAAUCCUUUAAGGAGGUAUGUGAAUCUGAAACAGACAAUUGUCCAGAAGUCUUUUUUAAAUGCCAGGAAAAAAAUAUUGAGUCUGCGAUAAAAAGUUUAACAUGUGAUGCUAAAAUUAUGGGUACAAACCCCAUAGAAGUGCAUUCACAACGUGCAGAAGAUAUUGAAGAUGACAAUAUAGAUGAUUUCACAGUCGAAUUUGAUACCCAUUUAAAUAGUGAAAAUUCCGGAAUAGGAACAAAAGUUACUCAUUCAAUUCUUGGUGUAGCUCCAGUUUUAUUAACUGCCACUGUGUUAUAUAGAGUAUGUAUAUAUUUUGUAAACAUAUAUCAUUAUAGUGCUAACUUGUAA